AUGAGUUCCAGCAUUUACAAAGGCAACCUGACCAUUGGCGGCACGACACUCGAGAAGUCAAAGUUGCAACUCCGUCGUCCAACCCCCGACAGCGAUGUCUUGGCAUCGAGUGAUGACGAUCGCGAUCACGUGCCCACCGUUGUUCGUCCUGCUGUUGGCGGUUAUCCUGGUGGUCGGCGCCCUUCAUCUGGUUGGCUACAGGAUAUCCAGCCCAACCGUAAAUACUCGCUGCCUUCAGUCUCAUUUGCUGGCUCUCAACCCGCAACACCAUCGCUGGAGUUACCACAGCAGGCGCGACCAAGCACCUCUGCUUUUCCGUGGAAUACCUCGAGCUUCACAGCGGUUCAGGCCAACAGUCGUCUCAAGGAGGUUCUACCAUCCCCAACAUCUGCGCAUGCACCUGCCUUGCCUUCACCCACGAAGAUUGAAGGUGACGACGGCAUUGGCUUCCUCCUCAACCAGCAGAACCCAAGCCCCCUCCGCAAGGCUGUCCGGUCCCAGUCCUAUAGCAUAGGUCAAGGCGACAUCGAGCACAGCCCGGUCGGUCAAUUCUCUGCACGCCAUCGUCCCACUUCUAACCUUCGUCACCGUCCGUCUCGGCCCAGCCUCCUUGGUGAGUCUACCCUUGGGCUCUCACAGCUGCGUGAGGACGAGGCCGACGAGGCCGAGUCUUCCAACGGUUCGGAGCACGGCGUACGCCUACCUGCAGGUUACUGGGAGCGUGAACAGAACCAAGCACUGCUGAAGCAAGCGGCCAUGGAGAACGCACGCGCUCGCAACCGGGCCAUUUCGACUAGCUCUCCGGUCUCUCAUCAACAGCAACAGCAGCGUCGCAAGACCACUGCAGGGCUUCACAACGAUGCCUCUGGUCACACUGACUACGCCAUCGAAGAACAUGAAGACAUUGAGCCUACCAUCAGUCAUCCAGCACUGGGCCUCACUCGUCGCUUCAGCGAGCAUGUCUCCAUUCUCGGUCGUGAGCCUGAGGUUGACAUGAUCGACAAUAUCCAAAAGCAGCAAUGGGCAACCGGCAAUAUCUCUACUCUAGGAGCGGAAGCAUUAGCUCGUCGUCACUCGUUUGCCCAUUACAGCAGUUACAAUUCGGCUAUGCCUCUUUCAACUCUAAGCAACACUCAAGAAGAAGAUGAAGAGCUGGUUUCACCCCACCAUGACAAUCAAUCUGCUGAAGACAACGAGCCAUUCGACGCCGCCGCCUACUUCACAGGCCACGGUCCAGCUUCACGUGCCAUCAAUUGCUCUGCGAUUUCGGCUGCGCAUCCGGAUCCAAUCAUUCCCAACACUGCCAUGUCUGUCUCCAAUCCUUAUGCCGUUCCCCAUAUGCUCGGUCGCCCAGGUCGACGUCUCUUUGUGGUCACCUUCAAGUGCUCUCGCGCAGACAUUUACUAUCUCUACGAUAAUACCGGUCUCGAAAUCCGCCGUGGUGAUCUUGUGAUUGUUGAGGGCGACCGUGGCUGUGAUCUCGGUCAAGUCACUCAUGCGGAUGUCAGCCUCGAAGAUGCGAAAAAGCACAAGGCUGAGGCCAACGAAGAGCAUUUCCGCUGGCUCGUCAUGUUCUCUCAAUACUCCCUUGCUGGUAACAAUAACGAUUCAGGCAUGCUUGGUGCUCUUGCUCGUGCCAAUGGCUUACCAAACCCGAUGAGUCGCUCUCAGCUCACUGGCAUGGGUGCUCAACAGGAUCAGGAUGCGAAGCCUAAGAUGAUUAAGCGUCUUGCUCAGCAACAUGAGAUUUUGGCUCUUCGUGAGAAGGAAGGGGGAGAGGCUAAGGCCAAGCGUCUUGGUGCGCAGAAGGCUGCAGACCACAAGUUGCCUAUGGAGAUCUUGGAUGCGGAGUAUCAAGCCGACUACCAUAAAUUGACUUACUUCUACUACGCGGAAUCUUAUGUCAACUUCAACGAACUGGUUACGGACCUUUUCAAGCAGUACAAAGUCCGCAUUUGGAUGUCAGCAGUCAACCCAGCCUCAGUCGUUAAUCCGGCCGGCAACAUGCAGAUUCCGCCGCCCUCUGCUAUCGGUCCCGGUGCGAUUUUAAAGUCCAACGUCGCGAAUGCUCCCCUUGCUGUCGGCGGUUUUGAACACAAUAGCUAUCGCCCGAACAACCAGUAUGGUCGCGCUCGUGGGAACGGAACCUACACGAACUACGACGACGGUUACAAUGCCUUUUCCCACCAACUUCCUACUUUCUCCAACCCCCACGCGUCCUACAACAUGCCCCACUGGACACAUGGUCAGCAAAUAGGUCAUCAACAGUUCAAUCGCUAUGGCGGCUACCCCCUGCCUGCCAGUACCUAUCCUAACACUACUGCCAGCGGUAGUCCCAUGGACCACUACGGCGGCUACUACGCUCCUGCCAGCUAUCCUCACUCGAACACUUACCACACUUCCACAAGUGGCUCAAGUUACCGUGGAGCUAAUCCCGCUGCAUCUUCGCACAACUCUCAGGUCUAUACGUCCACUUCCAGUCAAUCUUAUGGCCAGUAUGCUACUGCGGGGGCGACCUACAAUACUUCUGGUGGUCAACAUUCAACUCCCACACCAGGCUCGGGCAACUACAACAGCAAUCCCUACACAUCUGGUUCUAUGCCAGGUACUUCUGGGGGGUAUGAUGCUGCAUUCGUGACAGCUAUGCACAACUUGUCUUUUGGAAACAAGUAG